UUUGCGACGCGCAGUGGCCCGCGGUGCUGCCUAGGUAGGCGGCUCGCAGGCUUUUUAAGCGAGAUCCGUCCCCUCAGUUCCGCAAUGUGAAGCGGUGUCUGCCUCGGAAUGUAAGCAGGAUGUGUCAGUGCUGGCGGUAUGGAUCUACAAAGCGAGCUGCUGAAGUCCAUCUGGUACGCGUUCACGUCUCUGGAUGUGGAGCAGAGCGGAAAAGUGUCCAAGUCGCAGCUCAAGGUUCUCUCACACAAUCUCUACACGGCACUGAAUAUUCCUCAUGAUCCUGUGGCGUUGGAGGAGCAUUUUAAGGACAAUAACAAUGGGCCGGUGUCCAACCAGGGCUACAUGCCCUACCUCAACAAAUACAUCUUGGCAAAGGCCACAGAGGGGACUUUCAGUAAGGAAACCUUUGAUGAGCUGUGCUGGACGAUGACAUCAAAGAAGAACUGCAAACCCAGCAUUCAACAGGGCCUGUGCUCACAUAAGGACUGCUUCAAACUCUUCUGUCUUUUCAACCUGCUCUCUGAAGACCGUUACCCGUUAGUCAUCAUUCAGCCGGAGUUAGAAUACCUGCUGAAGAAAAUCUCCAGUGCAAUGAGCCUGGAGUGGGACGGGACGUUGCUGGAGGAACUUUUGUCCCAGAAUGCCGCUCUUCAGGACGGCAUGUCGGUGUGGGAGUUCCUGGAGCAUUUGAGCGCUGGCCAGCUUUUGCAUGUUGAGAGUAAGGAGGCAUUCGGUCUCGCUUUGGACGAUGUUUUCAUGGAGAUGUACCACAACAUUAUCAAGAAGGGCUACCUGUUGAAAAAGGGGCACGUUCGCAGGAACUGGCAGGAACGCUGGUUUGUUUUGAAGCCCAGUAGCGUGACAUACUACGUCAACGAGGACCUGAAGGAGAAAAAAGGAGAGCUCCUGCUGGAGGAGAGCAGUGUGGUGGAAGAAUCUCCCGAUAAAGAAGGGCGACGCUGCCUGUUCUGUGUGAAGACUCCCGUCAGGACCUAUGAGAUGAGCGCCUCAAACAUGAAGCAGAGAAUAGACUGGGUACAAGCCAUGCAGACGGCAUUGAGAUUGAAGGCCGAGGGGAAGAGCGCUCUCCAUCAUGAGCUGAAACUGAGCAGACGCAAGCAGAGAGAAACCCUUCAGAGGAGCCACAGUAACCAGAGCACCCAUAGCGAACCCAUUUCAGUUGAGGCUCCGCAGCACUCUGCUCCGGAGCAGCAGGGGGAGACGGAGAGCUUGGAGCAACACAUCGAAAGCAUCAUUCAAAAACAGAGGGAGGUGGAAGCGAAGCGUAAAGAGGAAGAGAAGCAGGAGCGGGAGAAACAGCAGGCAGUACAGAGAGAUCUGGAGAGACAGCUUGAAGAAGCUAAAGAGGCCAAAGAGAAGAUGACGGCUACGCUGACUGAGAUGGAGAAGGAGGUACAGCAGCAGCAAAAGAGAAGGAUCCAUGAAUUAGAGCUCACACAAGUUAAGCUGGAGGAGGCGCUCGAUGCUCAGAUUCACGCCCGUUUACAAGAAGACCGAAUCCGCCAGGAACUGGAGAUGCAACUCGCCGAGGAGCAGAGGAAACUUGCAGAGCUUCUCUUCCGUCAAAGUCAGCUGGAAAGCCUUGCUGUGAGGAGUCAGGUGGACUCUUCCACCGCGACACCUCCCGUCGUUCAGCGGACCGAAGAGGAGAUACCUGUGCAUGAAUCGCCUUCCAGUGCAACACCGCCCAGCCUCCAGAAACCAGAGGACACCGUUCAGCACAAUACAGAGGUGAAUCAGGCGGCCACCACUCAGAUGCUGAAACACUGGAAAAUUCAGCUUAACCGCCUCAUGAAGCCCAUCACACCAGGAGACAAAGUUGAGCAUCUGCCAGUAAAGCCCACCUGCCCCAGACAGGGCCAGGCCCUCACCAGCACGGAGUUCCUCACUAAGGUCCAAACAGGCAUCGCUCCAGAAAAAGGAAACGGUUACAACCCGUCACCAACACCAGAAGAGGAAGAACAGGGUUCCUAAAUCGGCAUAUCUACAAUUGAUUAGAUCAUACAUGCUUUGUACAGCUGGUUUGCUGUGUGUGUUUAAGUGUGUGCAGGUCGAACUGUUUUUAGUAUUUUAUUAUUUAUGUGCAUAGUUAUCAGCUUUUUUUUAUUAUGUGAUCUGUCGAUUUUGAGCAUAAAAAAUAGAUUCAGUUGUUUGAUGCUUUAAUUCUUUAAAUUAGCGGUUCUCCAUUUCAAGGUUCUUUGUUGACAAAAAAUAUUGAAAGGCCUCUCGAUAUGUUUUUGGUGCUUCUGCUGUAAUGAAGAUUUUUGUGUAUGCAGAAACUGAGUGGCAAUAUAUUAAUAUUAAUAUAAUAUUAAUCAUUAAAACGCAACAUUUAUUAUCUUUCUAGUCA